AUGUGUAUAGAAAUCUUGCCGUUGAGAACUGCCAAUCCCUCGUUCUCUCUCUCUCUCUCUCUUUCUCUCUCUCUCUCUCUCUCACUCACUACAUUUUUAUCUAUCACAAUACCUUUCUUCAUAUCUAUAUAUCUAUCUAUACAUCCGUCUGUCAUUAUCUAUCUUUAUUUUUUCUAUUUGUUUCUCAUUAUCUAUCUAUCUAUCUAUCUAUCUAUCUAUCUAUCUAUCUAUCUAUCUAUCUAUACAUAUAUAUAUAUAUGCAUGUAUAUAUUCAUAUCUAUCUAUCUAUCUAUCUAUCUAUCUAUCUAUCUAUCUAUCUAUCUAUCUAUCUAUCUAUUCCUCUCGAGAGUAUUUUCUCUUCUUUGCCAGCUUUCUUUCAUUCCCUGUCAAGGAAUUUUCUUUCAAAAUUUUUCCUUUUUUUUUCGUUCUUAUCUUUCGUUUUUAUCUUUCUUUAAACCAUUCUUUUUAUUCUUCAUUCAUCUAUUCUUCAUUGUUACUCUGAGCAUCUUGUCUGGCAUAUUUCUUUCACAAUUGUUUUCAGAUUUUACUUUCUUUCUUUCUUUCUUUCUUUCUUUCUUUCUUUCUUUCUUUAAAAGUGCUUUAAACUCUUUCUUUCUUUUCUUUCUUUCUAAUAUUUUUCUUAGUUCUUCAUCCCAUUAUUUCUUUUGUUUUAUUCCACCUUUUUUCAUUAUUUCUUUCUUUCAUUCUUUCAUUCUUUCUUUCUUUCCAUUAAACCUUUUAUUUUAUUCUUUCUUUCAUCUUUUCAAUAAUUCUUUCUUCAUAUUUCAUUUCAUUUUUCUUUCUUUUUGCUUUCUUUCAUCUAUUCUUUUUUCUUUCUUCAUUUCAAUAAUUAUUUCUUCAUUUAUCAUUCCAUUUUUCCUUAUUUUACUUUCUUUCUUUCAUAUUCUAUUAAUUUCUUCUUCGUUUCUGAUUCCAUUCUUUCUUUUUCAUUUCAUUAUUUAUUUCGUUUUACUUCACCUUUUUCCAUUAUUUCUUUCUUUCUAUGAACCCUUUCUUUUGUUCUAUUCUUUCUUUCUUUCUUUCUUUCUUUCUUUCUGUUUUAUUCCUCUCCCUUUCUUUCUCCUUUCGAUUCUUUGUUUUCUUCAUACUUUCAUUCUCUUUUUUUUAACUUCUUUCUUUUCCAUAUUGAUUGCCUUUCUUUUUCAAUCAUUUACGUGUUUCUUUCUCCUUUCAUUUCACUCUUUUUUUUUCUUUCAAUACUGA